GCCUGACCUCGUUCGGGCUUGCAUACGCGCGUGCAGCAUCAUAUGAUGGUAGUCUUGGUAUAGUAUAUAGGGCUACUUGAUACAUGGUAAGUGUCAGACUCUUUUGUUUUCUAUUCCCAAAUUUGCAAACUUCGAUAUCAAAGCAACAAAAAUUACAACAACUAUGCCUCACCUUCCAUUCCGCAAGAGCCACGGCAGCAACGAAUUACCCCGCCGUGACCCCGAGAACACCCAAGCCUAUCUCGUUGGCGGCGGGGUUGGAUCCCUCGCUGCCGCCGUUCACCUCAUCCAAGAUGCCAACGUUCCGGCGAAGAAUAUCCACAUUCUCGAGGCGUUGCCUGUCAUGGGAGGCUCAAUGGAUGGAGCUGGCGAUCCAAGAGAAGGCUACCUUCUUCGAGGUGGCAGGAUGUUGAAUUUUAGCUACCACUGCACCUACGACCUUCUUGAGCGGAUUCCGUCCCUGAUGAGCAAUGACAAGACCGUCAUGCAAGAUAUCAAAGACUUCAAUGCCAAGAAGGAGAACCAGACGCAUUCAAAAGCGCGACUGAUUGCGUCUGCCGAGAAGGCUGCCGAAGUCGUGGACACUUCAAAAAUGGGCCUGACAAACAUUGAGCGUGUGGAUCUGAUCAAGCUGACUCUAGAGAGCGAGAAGAGCUUGGGCAAGAAGCGGAUUGAUGAGUGCUUCCCAGAGGCAUUCUUCAAGACUAAGUUUUGGUAUAUGUGGGCGACAAUGUUCGCGUUCCAGCCAUGGCACAGUGCAGUAGAGUUCCGUCGUUAUGUUCAUCGCUUCUUGCACGAAUUCCCACGGAUCAAUACCCUGUCUGGCGUCGACCGUACACCGUAUAACCAAUACGACUCGAUCAUUCGGCCCAUUAUCAAAUACCUGCAAGAUCAAGGAGUUGAUUUCCGCUACAACACCAAAGUCACGGACUUUGACUUCAUCGAAGGUAUUCCAGCUACAGUGGACGAGCUUCAUAUGGUAUCAGACGGAACACCAAUGACAGCACAAUUGGACCCCCAGGAUAUCGUAAUCGUGACCCUUGGAUCCAUGACAUCCGAUUCGAGCGUUGGCACGAACGAUACCCCGCCACCCUCGAUUGUCGAUGAAGAACAUCAGGACGGAUGCUGGGAUCUCUGGGGCAAGCUCGUCAGCAAAGGCGGGGAGGCAUUUGGCAAGCCGUCAACAUUCUGCACUCGUAUCAACGAGUCGAAGUGGGAGUCCUUCACCAUCACUCUCAGCGACCCAGAAUUCCUCCGCCGCAUUGAAGGCUUCAGCCACAACGAACCCGGGACAGGAGCGCUGAUGACCUUCAAAGACAGCAACUGGCUCAUGUCGAUCGUCGUGCCCCACCAACCGCACUUUGUCGACCAACCAAUAGGAAUAGAUGUCGUCUGGGGCUAUGGUCUCUUCCCCGACAAAGAAGGCAACUUCGUCAAGAAGCCGAUGGCGGAAUGCUCAGGCCAAGAGAUCCUCACUGAGCUCCUCGGACACUUUCAUUUCCCGGCUGAGCAGAUCCGUGAGCACGCUAUCUGCAGACCCUGCAUGAUGCCGUACAUCACAUCUCAAUUCCUGACCCGCGAGCCCGGCGACCGUCCACAGGUUAUUCCAGAGGGUAGCACUAAUAUUGCGCUGCUGGGCCAGUUCGUGGAGAUUCCGGAGGAUACGGUCUUUACCGUCGAGUAUAGUGUGAGAGGUGCGCAGAUGGCCGUGUACGAACUGAUGGGUUUGGACAAGCACCCAAAAGGGGUGUACAAGGGGGAACAUCAUAUUGGGGUAAUGGUGGAGGCGAUGAUGAAGAUGAUGACUUGAGCGUACGGGUGGAUCCGUUUCUGGAGUAUGGCGUUAUGUAUGGGAUUGGUGGUUUGUUGAAAAGCUGAUCAUGCUUUCUAGUAUACGAGUGCCGAAUGGUUUCUCGCUUCACUCCCUCAGUCUUUGCCGCAGCUACAUUUAGCGCUCUCAG